AUGUCUGAGCAUCAAAUUGCGUGGAAGGAUGUGAGAUCAAGUGCGGGAUUUGUGAUUAUUUGUAUUCUUGGUGCUUUGGUGGCUGCUUCUGCAGAACUGGGACAGGAGCAGAGUGUCCCAAGGGUAAAGGGGACGACAGAGGUUCCAUCAGGUUAUUCAUGGGAGAAUAGUAAGCUGAUGUACCAUCAUGUUUGGCCAGAGAUGAAAUUCAGCUGGCAGAUUGUUGUUGGGACGAUAAUUGGUUUCUUUGCUGCGGCUUUUGGAAGUGUGGGUGGUGUUGGUGGAGGGGGGAUUUUUGUUCCUAUGCUUACCUUGAUCAUAGGAUUUGAUCCCAAAUCAUCGACAGCCAUCUCCAAGUGUAUGAUUACUGGAGCAGCAGGUGCAACUGUUUAUUACAAUCUACGGCUUCGGCAUCCAACACUCGAUCAGCCCAUCAUCGAUUAUGAUCUAGCCCUUCUUUUCCAACCGAUGCUGGUCCUUGGAGUUAGUAUUGGAGUCGCUUUCAAUGUGAUUUUUGCAGAAUGGAUGGUGACAGCUUUGUUAAUCCUUCUUUUCAUAGGUACAUCGACUAAGGCAUUCAUCAAAGGGGUGGAAACAUGGAAGAAAGAAACAAUAAUGAAGCAGGAGGCUGCUACAUUGAUGGCACCAUAUGGUACUACUAGUGGACCAAUCCCCUACAAAAUUUUGCCUGAUGGACCACAUACUAGUAUCCAGAUGAAGUUUGAUUUAAACAAGGCAUCAGAGGUUGCCAUUGUUGACAAUAUACGUUGGAAGGAACUGUCCAUUUUAUUUAGUGUUUGGGCCACCAUUCUUUUUCUUCACAUUUCCAAGAACUACACCAAAACCUGUUCCUUGGCAUAUUGGAUACUAAACCUCUUACAGAUUCCUAUUGCCAUUGGAGCAUCUGCGUAUGAGGCUAUGUGCUUAUAUACUGGAAGGAAGAUGAUAGAAUCUAGGGGUGAAACUGAAAACAUUUGGAGCAUACAUCAGUUGGUUCUUUGUUGUCUUUGUGGGAUUCUGGCUGGUAUAGUGGGUGGUCUUCUAGGACUUGGCGGAGGAUUUAUUAUAGGCCCCCUGUUCCUUGAGCUUGGAGUUCCUCCACAGGUGUCAAGUGCCACUGCCACCUUUGCCAUGUUGUUUUCCUCAUCCAUGUCUGUUUUGCAAUAUCACCUUCUGAGACGUUUUCCACUGCCAUAUGCAUUAUAUUUUGUCGCAGUGGCUACAAUAGCUGCACUAGUUGGGCAACACGUGGUACGGAAGAUUAUUAGUGUACUAGGCAGAGCAUCUCUGAUAAUCUUCAUUUUGGCCUUCACAAUCCUUAUCAGCGCAAUUUCAUUAGGUGGAGUUGGCAUAUCGAGCUUUAUUACCAAGAUUGCUGGAAAAGAGUACAUUGGUUUUGAUGAUAUCUGUGCAUAUGAGUGA